AUGCCACCACCGCUCUUGCCAGUGGGCAAAUCACUUACUACCACUCACCCCCGGUCGGGCAUCUCGAAGCGUCUACAGCGGGUCCUGCUCUCCUUGCCCUUACCGCUCCCAAUAAGGCGCACAAUUGCUGCUGUCCCGCCCAGAUUGUGGACUCUGCUCCUCCUGGGACUGAUAAUAUGGACGCUUUACUCACGCUCAGGGCGAGCAGACAGCCCGGGAAGUGCGACCUCCACCAGCAGAACGAAAGACUCCCGGCUGGGAUGGCUCGACGCACACCUCACAGAGGACGACGGAGGAGCCGACAACGCCCUCCUCGCUGCACAGCAGGCGUCUUUACCUCAAGGGAUGACACACACAUUUGGCUCGGACGGACUGGUCAGAGUUGGGAUGGACGCGUUUGAGCAUCCGGUGACGGAGGUAUUGGAGAGGGCGGAGGGCGCUUGGGAGAAGGAACGCGCGAGGGUGGUGGGGGAUAUGGCAGAGUGGGAAGACGAGUACAGGGAAGGAGAGGCGGGGAGAGCAGUACCGAAUGCUUACCGUCAUUGGGCCCAACGGCACGUCCACCCGCCUCCCCUCCCCUCACCAAACCUCAUGAUCUUCGACCCUCUCCCCGCCUCCGCCCUCCAACGGUUCCAGUCCCAGAUGGCAACACAGCCGCUCACCUUCACACUCGUGUUUGAUGGCGGGCGGGUGACUGUAGAGUGGGGCACGACGGAUGAAGUUGGGGAGGAAGUGAGAGAGAGGGCGGCAGGGGUGUUGACGGUUGUGAGAGCGUUCGAAGCCCAGAUGCAGGAUAUGCGGGUCACCAUUUCCGCCGCGUCCCGACCACGUCAAGCGCUCCCCGUUUCCACACACGACAUACUCGCAUCCGCCCACUCGAGCGGCACACCCCUUCAAAGCACGUACAACGACCUCCUCCUCCUUCCCCCCUCCGCCUCCCGAGUCUCUUCCUCCUGCCCUCCUUCUUCACCAGCAACGCUCUCCUCACCCCCGUCCCCUGGGCUCACGUUCCUCUACUGGCCAAGGGAGGGUCUCGACCCCUGCCGCCACCAGUGGCUAAAGGAAGUCAACCCGGGGUGGUUCGAAGAGGGUCUUCUAGGCUGGGCAGCUCCAGUGUUGGGAUUCGUAGGCGGAGGAGGGAGCACGGAUCUUAUCCUGCCCAUGCGCUGGCCAGAGGCGGAAGUGAAGCAUGAUCGGGAAAGGGGAGAGUGGAGGGAGGGCGACGUCCCCUGGGAACAACGGGAGUCUGCUCUCUACUGGCGCGGUCCUUUCCCGAAGUCUGAUGAGAUUCAUCCUAUUCAACGACUAUUGCACCCUUCAAGACGCCAGCCCCCUACCCUCCUCGCACGAGGCCGUGGGUUCCUCCUCUCCGACUUGCCCGAGCCCCUCAGCGGCAUGCUAGACGUCUCCUUCUCCCCUCCGUCCUCACCCUCUACAGGACUAGACAAACCCGCACUAACACGGCAUAAAUGGGUCCUGGACUUGGCGGUCGAUAACGAAGAAUUCGAAUUUCCGGAGAUGCUCUUGAGUGGAGCGUUGGUUUUCAGAGCGGGGAUGUGGAGGACUUGGGCCACAGAGCGGGCUAGGGCUUGGGUGCAUUACGUGCCUGUGAUGCCAGAUCUAUCAGACCUCCCCGCCCUCCUUCACUAUUUCUCAACACACGACAAAGAAGCCCAAGCGAUUGCCCAAGCUGGCCGUAAGUGGGCGGAAGACAAGCAAAGACAGGAAGGCGUUGAAGGCGCUUGGUUUACGACAUUGGUGGAGUAUGGGAGGAUGGUUAGUGGGGAUGUGGAGAGGGAGGAUUGGUAGCCUGUUGCUUGUGUACGGGGGGCUCAGGCGGUGGGUUUGUCUACAUGAGAUACGGAUCUACAGUGACACAGACACGGUGGGUAGGAGGGCGUCGAUUGUUCGUCGAGUUGAACUGGACGACGGCCGUGUAUUGUUUACCCUCGGACUGUGGGCCAUGGACGCUGGGACGGGCACAGCACUCUACAGACGCUGUUGAUUCCUACGAUAAAUACUCACAGCGUGUAAUCUAUUUUAUCC